GCACAAACUCGGUGUAAAGUUUUUUUUUUUUUUUUGAUUACAAUUGGCCAUAACUUUGAGACUAUCAUCAGGAAAUAUUAUAUCCUCGUUGAUCUAAAGAUAGAUGGAUUCAUUUACCUAAGAUAAUAUGUCGUAUCUAACAUAAUGUUAUGUCAUGAUGAUUUGAAUGAUAACUAGACGAAUAUUGAAUCAGCAUUUAUUAUAUGGAAGCUGUUGGCAAUCUAUCAUCAGAAGAUUAUAUGCAGGAAUUAGCCAAUAUUGAUUUGAAUGCAUUCGAAGAACCAUCAACAAAUAUCCAUAAACUAUCAGUAGUGAAUAAAAUGGAUCAACAUUUAGGCAAUGUAUUAGCAUGUGUUAAUCAAACAUCAAUGUCACAGACAUCGUGCAAUAAUAUGGUCAACGGGAAUAGUAUGGUACAUAAUAAUAUUCACAAUAAUUUAAAUGAUCAUCAUAAACAUUCGCAACUAACAACAAUGAAUUCGACCGAUAAUUCUUUGAACACCACCACACCAAUGCGACAUUCACCUAUUGAAACGGCAUCAGCAUUCACAUCCAUUUCCAGUUCGAAUAUGGCCACACCGAUUAUCACUCCAGCAAUGAUUGAUCCAAGCAAUAGGAUGAGUUUUGUUGAAGAAAGCCACAAUAUGCCAUGGCUUGCAUUUAGGAGCAACAAUGGACUUCUAAGUGGUGCACCAGAUGGUCCAUUAGAUUUACGGGGUCAAACAGGAUCAGAGAUAGAUUCAAGUUGGAUGUCGUCAUCAAUGAAACGAGACUAUUUGGACAUUUCAGCACACAAUAGUUACAUGAAUCCAAUGGCUAAUGGGGUGCACAAUCGGCUUGUUCACAGUAACAAUAUUUUCAUGAAUGGUGGUGGAAUGAGCUCGAUUGAUUCAAAUCCGAUUCAUGGCGAUACAGCACCACCGGGAAAUCAACUAGCAGGCACACAUCCAUCACAUCUGACAGCACAUCAUCAUAGUUCACAUGAUUUGCACAUCUUACAAAAUGGUAACACAUUAUCAGGUCAUGGCCAUGGUGUUCAAUCAUUGAAUCAUUCACCACAAAGUACAGCGGCAAUGCAUACAAUGAUGCAUUCACAUCCACACAUGAAUGAUAAUGCUAAUACAUAUCCGUAUCCGAUUAGCCACCACCACCAUCAUCAUCAUCAUUUGAUGUCUGGAUCAGCAGCAGCGAAUACCAAUAACAAUACUGGCAAUAAUCAAUUUUCCAUCAAUAGUGACCAUCAAAAUAGUAAUCGUCAUUUAGUGUCAACAAAAAUUAACAAUGAAACGACCACAACGCAUCAUAAUCAUCAUAAUCAUCACCAUACCAAAAGCAUUAGUAACGGAAGCAAUAGUAAUAAUAGCAAUAGUAGCGCUAGUAGUAAUGAUAGUCGAACCAGUAAUGAUUCGAGUCAAAGUAGUGAAUCUAAUGUUAGCAAUGAAUUCAAUACAUCAACAAGUAAUAAUAGCUCUAUUAGAUCAACAAAUUGUGAUAUUGAUGAUACUCAACUUAUACAUCUAUCGGUACGUGAGCUUAACAAAAAAUUGAAUGGACUAACCAAAGAAGCUAUCGGUAAAGUAAAAGCCAAAAGACGAACAUUGAAAAAUCGUGGCUAUGCACAAAAUUGUCGCACAAAACGUAUGGAACAACGUAGAAAUCUUGAGGAUCAACUUAAAGAUCUUAUUGCCGAGAAGCAAACAUUACAGAUGAGAUUGAAUUCAUGCCAAAUGGAAAAUGUUACCUUACGAGAAGAGAAUAAGAAUUUAAGCCAAAAAAUUAAAUAUUGUGCGCAAUAUCAUCCACAUUUAAAUGAUACAAUAGCACAUCAUUUAAAUGCCCAUCAUCAUUAUUCAUCACAUGAAUCAUCACAUCAUCAUCAAUCGGUUGGACAGCAAGUGGUUAGCACUACAUCGGGAACACCAAAUUCUAAUGAAGCUCAUCAUGAAUGUUCAAGUUCAUCAAGCGGUAAUACAACACCAAAUUCUUCAAUCCUUUAUGAUUAUAAUGGCUAAAUCUUCAUCUAUCAUUAUUAUUGAUUUUCAGUCUAAAUACAAUUUGAUGGAUAUCGAUUCAGUCGAAAAAAAAACAAUGCCCACCACAGAUUACAGAAAAACCAAACAAUAAUUCAUCCAAUCCAUCAAAUGAUAAAACAAAACACGGUCAAAUCUGAAACAAUAUUGACGUUUGAUCUCUCUCUUUCUCUUCUCUUUUGUCUCUAUCUUUCUCUAGCUUUAAAAAAAGGCUUGAAACAAAAAAAAAUUUCCUUUUUGAUUAUCCAUUGUUCUUGGUGUAUUAUAAAUAUAAUAGGCAGCCAUAAGAAUUUUCUUUAUUUGUUUU